AAGAGGACCCGCAUAUAUACUCGGUGUGUAUGUACACAGGACUCUGAUCUGAUCAGUUGGCGGAGUUGGAGCCUCAGCCCCCGGUCCCAGCCCCAGGCCCAGCCCGGUAUUGGCAGCGGCAGCUAUAGAUGUUUCUGCAAAGCCAGCAGCCGGCUCCCACCCGCCCAAGGAGAGAAGAUCGCUCCAAGACAGUGAAAACUCCCCUGCUAUCACAGUGCAAAGUCCAGUCAGCGACCUCACAGGAGUAACCGGGUCUUUUUGCGCUUGCUUUGCUAUAUUUUUCCUCCAGUCACUCCCCCAUCCCCGCUACAUUUUUUUUCGGGGGGUCUUUUGUCUUCCGGAUCGUCCGCCUCUCCCUCGGGCCCCUCCAUGGCUCCCUUAGCCGAAGUCGGGGGCUUCCUCGGCGGCCUGGAGGGCUUGGGCCAGCAGGUGGGCUCGCACUUCCUGCUGCCUCCAGCAGGGGAGCGGCCGCCUCUGCUGGGCGAGCGCCGCGGCGCGGCGGAGAGGGGCGCCCGCGGCGGGCCCGGGGCCGCGGAGCUGGCGCACCUGCACGGCAUCCUGCGCCGCCGGCAGCUCUACUGCCGCACGGGCUUCCACCUGCAGAUCUUGCCCGACGGCAGCGUGCAGGGCACCCGGCAGGACCACAGCCUCUUCGGUAUCCUGGAAUUCAUCAGUGUGGCGGUGGGACUGGUCAGUAUUAGAGGUGUGGACAGUGGUCUUUACCUUGGAAUGAAUGACAAAGGAGAACUCUAUGGCUCAGAGAAAUUGACUUCUGAAUGCAUCUUUAGGGAGCAAUUUGAAGAGAACUGGUAUAAUACCUACUCAUCCAACAUAUAUAAACACGGAGACACCGGCCGCAGGUACUUCGUAGCGCUUAACAAAGACGGAACCGCGAGAGACGGUGCCAGGUCCAAAAGACAUCAGAAAUUUACACACUUCCUGCCCAGACCAGUGGAUCCGGAAAGAGUGCCUGAAUUGUACAAGGACAUACUGAUGUACAGUUGAAGCGUGAUAGUGUCUUUAUCGAAGAACCGAACUACGACCAUUCUUUCUUGUUACAGUUCGCACCGUGAAAUAACCCAGGAAGACCCUCAGAAUGUUUUCUGGCGAGAGACUGACUUUGGAAAGGAUGUUGAGAACGGACAAAAAAUAACCCCCACAUUUUGACUUGAAGCAGAUCAAGACCUCUCUUUAUACGUGGAUUAAGUUCCCUUAGGUACACUGGGUCAGUCCUUCCUGGAAAAUUGAAGCUGAAAAUCUGUUAAACUGUGGAUAAUGGGAACCCCACCUAGUUUGCUGCUGGUACCUCACCUCUCUGGAUUAUGUUUACUUUAAAAGUUACAUGAUAAAAUAGACACUUCAUGUUGAAGAAAUAAAUCAAUGCAGUUGGCCAAAAUUAUUGCUACAUAAAUUCUGAGGACCUUGUAAGAUUUUGCAGGUUGUGGAGUUACAUGUAAAAAACCCGGAUGAAACGUGGACUACGGAACAUGCAUGCCAAGAUGGAACAUUUUUUUUUAAGGAUGGACCUAUUUAUACAUUUUCACUUUGCAAAUAUUUAUUAUAUAUAUUUAUUUAUUGAAGAGUUUAUUUUUUACUGGUAUAUGAAGAUAAUGCAAAGGAAAAAACAACAACAAAAAUUCCUCUAUCGUGCCAUUGUCAUGAUGUCCAGAGCUGUAAAGAAGACAUCAUUUUUGCAACAUAGUAAACAUAGAAUAAAAUCUUGAAUUUCUUUUUAAGAAUAACAUACAGCAUAGACUAUAUAUAUUUUUUUGCAGUCAAUUACCUUCUAAGUGUAACAAUGGUUCCUUUGCCUUAGAAAAAUGCUUUAUCAAACUGUAUUGAAUUCAACACACAUUCAAAAGGGAAUUAAACACUUUUUAUUUUGUG